CGGGAUUCGGCGGCGGGGGCUGAAACUCAUUCCGGCCUCGGAGUCCUGAUAGAAGCCCGACAUGCCGACGGAGCGAGCGGAAUUCAACUCUGGGCCGACUUGGGGCCGACUUUCACCAAGCGGCAUGAGGCGGAAGCGGCCAGGCUCGGGCUCACAAAGGUGCUCGGCCGACGAUCGCAGUCUUACCAGCAUAGUCGCUUCAUUGCCGAAUGUUGCGUUGCCAGCGAGUGCGUCCCAAGAGAGUCACUUUCAUAUCAAUACAGGAACACCGCCGGUGUGAUAUGAUCAGUGAUCUCUGCCAUGCGCCCUGCCAUCUUUUCAACUUGUUUCCGAAUGGCUUUCCUCAC